AUGUCCAUUGUUUCUGCUUGUUCCGUCCGAGAAAACUCAUCUACCUGCUACGAUAUUCCAUAUGAAGAGUACUUCAAAUUUAUUCCUUAUGAAAAGUGGUCCCUUCCGCAUUAUGUUUCUUUGAUCAUCGAUAAUUAUGAACAUGCUGAAAGGGACAAGGCCCAUCACGCAUUUUAUAGCACCUUGCUUAAGAUUAAUGACAAUCCAAAUGCAUCGCAAGAAAUUCGUGAUGUGAUCCAAAAACUUAUUGAUGGAAAAAAGGCCGAUAAUAAGAAAGUAAAUAGCUUAUGGAGAAAGAGACGAAAUACUGAAAACAUAACAGAUUCUUUACUGGAGAAAAAACAAUGUGUAAUUCCGAAAAUGAAUUUCUUUUUUCCUAAUGACGAUAUACCUUUGCAAGUCAAUGAUUCAAUACAUGUUCUUGAGGUGGUGAAGUCUGUUGUCCGAACGUUCGAUAAGAAUACUAUUGCACAAGGAUCUUUCCGCUCUUACAAAAGUUCUAAUCAUUUGCAAGUAGAUUCCAAAUACAAUGUACAUGUUCCCAGAGAGAGCGUUUAUAAUGCAGAGAUGUAUCGAAUCCUGCAUAAUUGGCUCGUAAAGGUACAUGGUUUUGAUAUCAUCGGACAAUGGCAUCUCAAAAAAGUUUGUGAAGACGGUGGUUAUCAUCACCUUUAUUGCGACCUUACUAUUAAAAAAAGUGAUAACCCCUCUCCUGUAGCAGUUCUUGAAUUAUUGGCAACAACAUCCAUACCAGAAUUGAAUGAGCAUUUCAAACGGGUUUUUAAUUAUGCUGAUCUACUUAAACCUACAGAAGUUUGGGUUAUUCAUUUUUCUCGGGAGGAUGACGUUGUCAAAAAUCCAUAUUGGCCCUGUAGUAAACAACAGGAGAGAGGGCUUAAUGUUAUACAUUUCUGGCACAACAAAGACUUUACAAAUGUCCGGAUGAGUGCCAGAUCUCGAGAUGUCACUG